GAUUCGACCACUCAUGGAAGUAUUCUAGGUUCCAGCUUGUCUCCCACUCCCGCAACUUCGCGUCGUGUUUCUACCGGUCGGGUCGAAUUAAUCAGUCCAACUUUGGCGGAUCGGAAUGUCGAUGAAUUCUUUUUCCAUCCGGAUGAUUUCUGUGACAUUGGUGUUAGACGUCGAUCUGGAAUGCCUGGUAGUCCUACUGGAAUCACUUUCACAGAACCACGUCAGCUGGUAGAACAGGAUAAGCAGUGCACAGAAGAAGAUCCAUGGAUUGAAGCAGCCGGAGAUUUGGAGGUCCGAGCGUCAUUAGCAGAUAGCCGAUCGUCUUCCAUAUCCGAUCAUUUUAUGGUUGAUGAAGAGAUUUUACAGGGUCGUGUGUCCAUGUCCGCGUACCUCAGCUAUCUGUGGGAUAGAGGUUGGCUUCCAUCGUUGCUCAGCAUUUUAUCUUAUGUGACUUUUCUCGGUAUACAAGCCUUUGGGAAUUAUUGGAUACAAUGGUUCGCAGAUGAUAGAGAUUUGGCCGCUUUAGAGAAGCAAGUGAACAAUGAUACCAUCUGGAGCAAUGCGACCGAACGAGACAGAAUCCUACGUGAGGUUGGAAACCAAACACUUCAUUACAUCUCUGGCUAUUCAUGGAUUGGUCUGGCCCAGCUGUUUGCCAUGCUAUGCUAUUUGAUUUGUCAUGCAAUCGCAUGGAUUCGAGCGUCCAAAGUGAUGCAUCACAAUCUAUUAAAACGGAUGUUACAUGCUCCAGCCGCGUUAUUCGAUCGUACACCACUUGGUCGUAUCCUGAAUCGAUUUAGCAAUGACAUUGAGAAUGUUGAUCGUACGGUUCCCGAUGCAUUAUCUGAGGUGAUCACCUGUGUCGGUGAUUUGAGUAUUUGUCUGAUCGUGGUACUCAUCUCGUUAAAACCGCCGGGAAUGGGAUUGGUCAUCGUUAUCCCGCUGAUGAUCAUCUGCGGUAUUAUCCAGUCCCUGUACGUUCCUUGUAGUCGCCAGGUGCGGCGUCUCGAUGCAGUGACUCGGUCGCCGUUGUUGGCUAAUUUUGGAGAGACAGCUGCUUCCACAUUAGGUUGCAGUGUGAUGCGAGCUUUUGGGCGUACAGCUGCAUUUGUGGAGCAUGCGGAUGAGCUCAUCGAUCGUAACGCAGUUCACGGUUACGUGCGAUUUGCUAGUAACCGUUGGUUGGAUGUGACUUUAACUGUUGAUCAAGAAGGAAACUGGGAGUGCGGUCCAGACAGUCCACCGCCGCCUGACUGGCCAGCUCCUUGCUGCGAGGUACGAUUCAAUCGCGCAUCCAUGCUAUACACCCUGCCAGGACCAGAGAAAGAUAACACCAGUGUCGAGACCCCUAGUCCUUUCCUUGGCUCCGAUGAACCGGCUCUUCGGUCUGUGGAUUUGGUUUUAAGUGGGAACCGAGAAACUCGUCGAAUAGGCGUUGUUGGUCGGACCGGAGCUGGGAAGUCGUCUUUGGCUUCAUCCAUUUUUCGUCUAAACGAGGCAGUUAUUUUGGAAGAAGAUCGAGCUACACUUUCGGGAUCGUUGGCCAAUCUUGGGCCUGAACCUGUUUUGUUCGCGGGUACACUGCGCUUCAAUUUGGAUCCGUUUGGUGUUCAGCCAGAGGAGCGUCUAUGGGCGGCUCUAGAAGCCUCACAUUUGGCCAGUUGGGCUGGUCAACGCCAACUUGUCUGCCUGGCUCGGGUGUGUCUGUCCUCGGGGGGCCGUGUACGUCUCCUCAUUCUCGAUGAGGCGACAGCAGCCAUGGAUCCAUACUGUGGUCAAUCUAUUCCCAAGCCGAAAUCCGUCCGACAUCCAUGCGCAUCCUUGAUGAUACAAAUUGCCAUUGACGGAAUCAGUCCAUCCAUACUUAAUACAAGCACAGCUCUCAAUGUGCAUACCCGUAUACUGUACCUAAUCGUGAAAUGUUCCAACAAUAUAGGAGGCAUGAACGUGCGGCCGGCCAAAUUGGAAGUUGACCGUGAGCCCAUUUUCCUGAAACGACAAGCAAUCCCAUAUGGUCGACUUGAAGGCGUGUUGGAGGCCCUUGAGAAAACGAAGCGCGACGGUAUAAUCACCCGAGUCACAUCCAGUGCGUGGGCAACGCCAAUUGUGAUCGCGAGCCAAAAUGACCGUAAAACACUACGAAUUACCGGUAAACCCUCAACCAGCUGUUACGAAAGGGUGCGGCUACCACCAUGA